AUGCAGACUGCUUCUAAAAACAUUUGUGAAAGAAUGGGUCUCUCUUGGGAGCUCAGUGAAUUCAAGUGUGGUACGGUGAUAGGCUGCCACCUGUGCAAUAAGUCCAUCUGUGAAAUUUCGUUACUAAAUAUUCCACAGUCAACUGUUAGUGGUAUUAUAAUAAAGUGGAAGCAACUGGGAACAACAGCAACUCAUCCACAAAGUGAGCAAGGUCCGCGCAUAAUGAAGCGCACAGUGCGCAGAAGUCGCAGAGUCAAUAGCUAAAGACUUACAAACUUUGUGUGGCCUUCAGAUUAGCACAACAACAGUGUGUAGAGAGCUUCAUGGAAUGGGUUUCCAUGGC